CCUUAACCACUCGGCCAAAGCGACGUUGUGCUGAUAUUCUCGCCAAGUUUACAAAAGUAACACAGUAUAGCAUCGUCUGACAGUUGAGACCAGUUUGUUUGUUGGUUUUCACUGCUUCGGCUCUUUGCAAAUUUAGUUUUGAUCUGAAUCUCUCGGCUCCACUUUACUAAUUUUAAUUACAGUCAGUCACUACCGAAUCAAAAAAAAAAGAAUUAUUAAGAGAUAGAUGGCGACGCUGCACGUCGCCGGUAAUAUGACUGCUCAUGAACGUCAGAUAUUGACGUCGGUGAACGCAGGGGCAUCUAGUCUUUCGUUUGUAGGGUCCAGCUUCAUUGUUCUUUGUUAUGUCCUCUUCAAAGAGCUCCGCAAGUUCUCCUUCAAGCUUGUCUUCUACCUCGCCCUCUCUGACAUGCUCUGCAGUUUCUUCAGCAUUGUUGGGGAUCCUUCCAAAGGUUUCUUUUGUAUUGCUCAGGGAUACACCACUCAUUUCUUCUGCGUCGCUUCUUUUCUCUGGACUACUACUAUUGCUUUUACUCUUCAUCGUACUGUUGUUCUGCACAAAACUGACGUUGAAGACCUCGAGGCCAUCUUCCACUUGUAUGUUUGGGGAACUUCAUUAGUUAUGACUGUAUUACGCUCCAUUGGUAAUUCCCAUCAUGGGCAUUUAGGUGCCUGGUGUUGGACAGAAAUCGGGAGAACAAGAAAGGCCAUUCAAUUUAUAACAUUUUAUGCACCGCUUUGGGGUGCAAUACUUUACAAUGGGUUUACAUACUUUCAAGUCAUACGCAUGCUAAAUAAUGCGACUCGUAUGGCAGUAGGCAUGUCAGACCGAGCAUAUCAAUUUGAUUCACGGCCCGACUUGAAGGCUUUGAACCGGUGGGGAUACUAUCCGCUCAUCCUUAUAGGAUCAUGGGCUUUUGGCACAAUCAACCGCAUCCAUGACUUCAUAGCACCAGGCCACAAAAUUCUUUGGCUUUCAGUUCUUGAUGUUGGGACAGCUGCACUCAUGGGUCUUUUCAACUCAAUAGCAUAUGGUCUGAAUACUUCAGUGCGGCGAGCGAUAUAUGAAAGAUUGGAUCUGCUGUGGCCAGAUAGGCUGAGAAGAUGGUUCCCUAAUGGUACAAGAUUGAGAAAUCAAGCGCAAGACGGUGAAUUGGUAUCAUUGAAAAUUCAGGAUCAGCGUUAAACAGCUUGGGCACAGCUGGGUCUUGUAUCCAGGGAUGGCUGCAUUCUUUUAAAGUUGAUCCAACAGUGAAAUUUGGGAGAGGAUGAAAUGAAAAAGGAGGGGAAAAAGCUUCUGAGAUGGGUGCAAAAUGAAGGGGAUUAAAUGUUUUAGUUGUUAGAAGAAAGAGAGUCUGAUCAGAGUUAACAUGUUGACAUUAGCAUUCAGUGUGGUUGCUGAUCUGAUUAAUGGGACGAGAAGGCUUCAGCUGCAGUUUACAUUUACAUGGAAUGGGAAGGCUGAGAAGUGAGAACCACCCACCACUAAGUGAAAGUGAAAGUGAUGGGUUGAAAAAUGAAAAUUGAAUUUGGUUAUUCUUAGGUAUCUCCAAUUGCUGUCGAGUGGGAUUAUUACGUUGUAUAUGUGUUUUUUCCUCUUUUUUUUCAAAGAUUCGAGUUCUUAAUUUUUGUAUAUGAUAAUGAAAGAAUUAUUUCAUGUUAUAUAGGAUUUAUUGAAUAUUUCAUUUCA